CGGUUCUUUCGAGUUUCCCCAAACCUUGUAGGGCCUGCACAGACAAAUUCUUGGAGCUCGUACGAAUGAACUCAGAUGUGUACGUGUGUCACUUUCAGUUUUUUCUGGUUAUUGUUCUCUCACAAAGUGUUCCCAAGAAUGAUCAACUUGCCCAAGUUUGAAUUUGAGAGACUGACAGGUCGAGAUGAACACCCACUGUCUCGCGAUGCUCAAGACAAUCGAUUGUCACAAACUGGUCAAUGCAACACAAGCAUGAAGAGAAUUUUGUCGCAGACGAAAUCUACUGAUAUACCCAACUUUCUGCAGACCAAUAUUCCUCCUCUCGUCGGGCUCAUUCCGCAUCACAUCCUGCUUUUAGCAAUCAGGGUCAUUCUUCUUUGAAAAUUUCGGACACUUUGAAUCCCCAUCCGCUACUAGCCAACCGUCAUCCUGAUGGCCAUCCAACGUGUCAAACGAGAACGAUGAGUUGCUCAGUGUCCAGGAAUCACGUACCUUAUACUCGCAGGUCACCGAGUCACCUUUCUUAUCCAUAUAACUGCCAGACCAUCAAUCACUUUUCUCGAUGAAGAUCUCGUAGGUCGUUGCACCAUCGACUCCGUACAACGUUUUUUCACACGCUGUGCAUCCUGCGUUGACGCCAACGAGGAAGGUGAGCAGGGCAAAAAUAGUGAGACGGGAAGUGAAUAUCAUGGAGCUUGUUGCAGUGAGCAAUGCAAAGCCAUAGCGUGCAGGUGUUUUAUAGGCAGAUACUCGCGAUUUUCGCUUCUCCUCGGGCUAUUAGCUGUU